UGCAUCCAGGAACACACCAACAGCAGCUACACACCAAUAACACCAACACAAAACGCCAGCAAGGAAGAGCAAGUUUCUUUGUUUGCCGAGCAACACCAGCACCAAGACGACCAAUCCCAGCAACAGCCAAGCAAGUAGUCCAACCAACAAGUCCAACCAACCCGUCCAACCAACCCAGUCCAACCAGCCAGCCAAUUAACCAGAGACAGGGGCGAGGAUGAACUUUGAGCAGGAUACGGUCGGGGUGUGCGAGUCGCUGGCCCGCAACCAGCCAAAGCAGCUGGGGAAGCCAGCCACGCCACGCGUGCACAAGACGUUCACGGCAAAGUACUUUGGGUUUGCGCUGUGCAAGAACGGCGACAACAACAAGCUGCUCUCCUACGCCAGCCGUGCCCUGGAGGCCGUGCUGCGCGCGGAGACAAAGGCCGCAAAGGUCACCGUGGAGGUGACCUCCGACCAGGUCACCAUGACCACAACAAAGGGGGAGCGCGUGGCCGUCAUCCCAAUUGCUGAGCUGCGCUCCUUUGCGCGCCACCAGUCCGACAAGACCGCCAAGCCCAAGAUGAUCACCCUCAUGGCGCUGAACCGCUUCAACGAGGACAAGCACAAGCCGUACCAGUGCUUCAUGAUCAUGACCAACACCACCGCAGACGCCGACGCCCUGUGCGACUGCAUCAACAUGGCCUUCAACUACGCAUCCGAGUACAAGCGCAUGCUUGAGGAGAAGCGGCAGCACGACUCAAAGCUUGCCAAGCUGCCAGGAUCCCCACGCCUCGACGUCGCGUUAGAACUCCUGGCGUGGUUGGAGGCCUCUCCCAUGCAUGUCCGCCUCAUCGCCUUUGCCCUCUUGUACAUCAUGGCUUCCCUUCCCAUGAUGCUUGGCUGCGUCGUCCUCAACGUCACAGCAGGGUUCCUGUUUGGGUUCUGGCUUGGCUGCGCUGUGAGCGUGGCAUCGGCCGUGUUGGGCGCGACGGUGGCUGCUGUCAUGAUGACGGUUGCUGUGAGCAUUCUGACGCGGAGAGAGCUUCGCCGUUUGCACAUGCACACCCUCGUUAAUGGCAACCCAGCCUACAGUCCCGCAGCCAGUGCCAAUGACAGGGGCAACGGUGAUGGCGCCGCCGGCGGUGGUAUUGAUGAUCGCUUUGCUGCAACUACAGCGGCGACCAUGCAGACCACCAGUUCGCGUGGCCGUGCCACUCGCGACCUCCUUCAAAGCGACAGCCCUCACCACACGCUCGUCAACGUGGGUGCCCAGACCAGCCCUCACGGUCCCAGCACCAAGUCCACGGCGUCCACGGCGGGCUUGCCCUGAACGCGUGCUGCCGUCGCGGCUCGGUUCCACUGGUGACGCAGUGAUGAUGAUGAUGAUGUGACGGCACUUUGCCGGGGCGGCUCUCGCAGUUCCGUUUUGUAGCUGUGUGGCGCACACUCACGCCAAGAGGGUGUUUUCGCAGAUGCCACGCCAGAUAAGGGAAUUAGCGAAUACUUCCUCCAUAUCUAUAUGCUGACCAUGUACAUACGUGCUGAUUGACCAG